AUGCCGAACCUUAAUACGCCUCUCAUUCUCUACUACUCCACAUUUCAAAAACCACAAGAUGAUGCACAGGCUAAGAUUUUUAAUCAUUUGGAGACUUCUUUAUCAAUAACUUUAAAUGAUUUUUACCCAUUAGCUGGGAGAUAUAUGCGCAAUGGUUCUUUCAUUGAUUGUAGUGAUCAAGGUGCUCUAUAUGUUGAAGCUGUGGCAACUUUCCGACUGUCAGAAUUUCUAGACGUAGCUUGGGAAAUGAAAUUCGAUAUGUUACAUGAUUUUCUCCCGUGUGAGAUAGGUGAGGUUGGUGAAAUAGAUGAUCCGAUGUUAUCAAUCAAAGUCACCAUUUUCGAGUGUGGUGGUGUUGCAAUUGGUAUGUGUUUUUCACAUAAGUUUUCUGAUAUGUCCACUAUGAGCACAUUCAUUGAUAAUUGGGCUAAUAAGAGCCAAGACAUAGUAAAUCCAUUAGAAUUAGGAAAGAAUUCUCCUACUUUUGGCUUGGCCAGUCGCUUCCCAAAAAGAGAAACGGUUGAUCAUAGCCCAAGACUUCCGAGGUCCAGCAUUAAGGUGAAUACUCCCGUUCGAAUUUUUUCAUUCAAAGGGAAUGCAAUAUCAAAAAUGAGAGAUGAAUUGAUAUUCAAAGGUGAUAGAAAUCGUCGACCAUCAAAGGUACAACUUAUUGUGGCACUAUUAUGGAAGGCGUUUGUGAGGAUAGAUAAAGCAAACAACAUACAUUCAAAGGCUUCAUUAGUUCAACAAGGAGUUAACUUGAGGGAUAAAGUAGUCCCUAAGUUACCUCAUAAUGUAUGUGGGAAUUUCGUUAGUACAGCAGUUGCACGAAUUGAGCCUGGCAAAGGGGAUGGUGUGGAACUUGAAGGUUUCUUUACGAUCUUACAUGACUCCAUCAGGAAAUUUGACAAUAGUUAUGCUAAAGCACUGAGUGACAAAGAUUAUGAGGUUUUAAGUAAGCCCUUCAUGGAGUAUUUUCAAAAUAUAACCAAUAAUGAUGUAGAUUUCUACGCCUUCACUUCAUGGUGCAAAUUCUCACUCUACAAAGCUGAUUUUGGCUGGGGGAAGCCGGUUUGGACAAGUACAGGACAGUUUGCAGCCCAAAAUUUUGUGAUCCUGAUGGACGAUCAAGAAGGCGAUGGGAUAGAAGCAUGGGUUCAUUUAGACCAGAAACGUAUGUCUCAAUUAGAACAAGAUUCCAACAUCCAAAUGUAUGCUCUUUAG